CUCACAUUAAUGUCAUUUGGAAGCAGAGAGUGUAGAGCAGCGACCCAUCGAUACUCCGACUGCAUUGUUUGCCUUUUAAAUAAAAACUUUCUCUGAAAUCAGAGCAGGCAAGAGUCACAUUAUACUCUGUAAUCCAACUCUUCUGACAUCCGCCUUGCCAAACCAGUUUGACUUCUCUUCGCUAUGAAGGGGAAGUAGCUGCACUGUAUUAGAAGAUUUAAAACUCGUUUAAACCUCUGUUGUUGCUUUGCAACUCAACGUUUUUUCUGGCUUUUUGUUUGUUUGAUUCAACACUGAGGAUGAACAUGUUCAGAAGAGAUAAAGACUCAACAGCCACAACUCCAGUGGUCCCACCUAGACCCAGCAAGGAGGAUCUGGACAACCCCAUCACACACAGCCUGAGCAGAGAGGAUGCAGGAACGACUGCAGCCUCGCAGAGGACGGGUGUGAUGGGAGCUAUGCAGAAGAUCAACCCAUUCAAGUCUAUCUCACUGGCCCCCCCUGCAGUCAGCAAAACUUCCUCUUCAGAGUCACUAGAACAGGGCACAUCUACAGACUCCACACAGAACCCUGGUAUGCUGAAAGGGGUCAUGCAGAAGGUCAACCCAUUCAAGUCUACCUCCCAGGUCUCUAAAGCUCCGUCUUCAGAGUCACUGGAACAGGGUAGGGUUUCAGACGCAAAUCAGAACCCUGGUAUGUUGAAAGGGGUGAUGCAGAAAGUCAACCCGUUCAAGACUUCCGCACAGGUACCCAAGAACAAUCCUCAAAAUGAUUCUGCAGAUCUCCAAGAGACUGUGAAAGAACUUCAAGGAAAACAGAACCCAGGGGGGAUCGCAGGGGUGAUGCAAAAAGUCAACCCAUUCAAAUCCUCGCAGUCAAAGGAUGCCCAGCCACUACGCAGUGACCUUUCCUCCAGCGAUGGAAGCUUAGCAGACAAUAACAACUUGCCAGAGAAACAGAACCCUGGGGUGUUCAAGGGGAUGAUGCAGAAAGUAAACCCAUUUAAGUCUUACUCACAGAUGCCAGAAGAGGAAUGUCAGACAGACUCUGCAGUUCCUAAUACAGUUUCCUCAUUCAAGGACACCCAGCCUAUUCACAGUAAGCACUCCGUCAGCACUGAAAGCCUGGAUGACAGCACUAUAGAGAGACAUUCUGUUUGGUACACUGAUGUUGGCACCAGCAGUGAGGUGCAAAGCCAGCAGAAGGAGGAACCGAAGAAGAGCACUAUGACUUUUAGAAUAAGGAGGAUUCUUCCCAGUAUGAUGUUUGGGUCUGGAACAAAGGAAUCUGCUGCAGCUUCAUCUGACACUCAGGAGGCAGUGGAAGUUCAAACCCUACAGAUGGCUGAAGUACCAGUUCCCAGUGAAGGAACAGUCCUGGACCCUCUAGAUGAUGAAGACGGUCUAUUGGCAUGGUGGAGAACAGUAGAUGGCUGGGAUGAGUGGAAUGAGGCCAACCAGAACGAUGAGGCUGAAGAAGUGGUGGAAGAUGCAGCUGAUCGUGUUUUUAUGGCGGCUCGUCUCUUUGUUCGCCUUUUCAACCAGCGUGGCGCCUCGCUCCAGCAGCGCAUCCUGGAGCUCCUCGCUUUGGCCGAUUCAGCCGACAAUUUCCAUAAGAAGACAGUCACGGCCAGUGUCGGCGGUGGGUUGGCCAGUGUUGCGGGGUCUGUCACCACCAUCACCGGCCUCAUCCUGGCACCCUUCACUGCAGGUACAUCGCUCAUCGUCACAGCAGUUGGCAUAGGUGUAGCUACAGCAGGCGGAGUGACGUCUGCCUCAGCCAACAUCACGGACACAAUGCAUUCCAAGACAGACCGUAAGAAGGUGGAGGUGAUGAUCCAAGACUACCAAGAGGAGAUGAAGGACAUCAAGGAGUGCCUGGACUUUCUGCAGGAAGGGAUGGAGACACUUGAGGAGUGGGAUUUUGAGAAGUACGCUGAGAGCAUCUCAAAGAAGCACCUCAACCAGAACGUCAAACAUGUAAUGAAGGAGGGCGGCCGUGCCGGCAAAGCUUUAGUGAUCAACACAGAGAGCCUGAUUAACACCGUUCAGGUCCUCAGUGUUGCAGGUGGCGCUGCCAAAGCUGCCCAGGUGAUGAGUGUCACCACUGGAGUUAUGUCAGGUCUCUUCCUGGCUCUCGAUGUCUUUUUCUUGGCAAAGGAUUCCAUGGAGCUGAAAAAGGGUGCAAAGACAGAGUUUGCAGCUAAGAUCCGAGAAGUUUGUAAGGACCUGCAGGAUGGGCUGCUGGAGCUGAACCGCAUCAAGGAACAGCUGCAGAAAACUAUGGAUGGGGUAGAGGUGGAGGUAGAGGAAGAGGAUGAGGAGCUGUUGAAGUCUGAUCUUAAGAAACUUGUUGAGCUUGAAGAAUGAAGGAACAGUGGAUAGGGAUCCAAUCCAAAACCUUUGCCAAACCAAAACUGUCUUAAUCAUAAAAUCAUAAAACCCAAGCAAACCUUCAAAGUUGCUUUUAGUAGUUUUGGUGGUUAGUAGCAGUUACUGUAGUAUUGUCAUUACUGUAUAGGGUCAUGUUGUGUAAAACUCUUUUACACAUUGUAGUAAAAUAUUUUUAAUAUUUAUUUAAAGUAGUAAUUUUAAUUAGAUGUACUAAACCAAAAGUUGAUUUAUUGUCAAUGUUUUUGUGUCAUUAGUUUCUUUCAAUAAAAGUGGUUUCCUGCUGAUUUGUCUGUCUCU